UAAUUUACUUGAAAUUUGAUACAUAGGUUAGCCUUGCUUAGUUUAGCGGGAACAUUACUUUUGUUUCCAGGAAUAGCACCUAGGACCGAUCUGUUCGAAAAUAUCGUUUCUAUGGUUCGGAUUAAUAUAUACAAAUUUUCGGAAGUGGACCAAGGUCCACCAAGCAGAUAUGUUAAUGGUUUGGUCCAUUCCAUAACCCGAAAGAUGGCAUUAUACGUUGACUUAAGCUCAAGCAUUGGUGGAAGGCUCGUCCGUAGGUAUACGGUAACCGUUUCCUUGCAUUUACGUGCUUAAAAGCCGAGCAAAACCAUAGCGUACGCUAUGACAAUUGCCAUUUUAAUGAAUUAUGCAGCUUUAUCGUGUAGCUCUUUGAACUUUUCCUAUCUAAAACUGCUUAGUUUAAUUUAAGCAAUUUUAUGAAAAUUGCUCAUGUUCGCGCGUUGAAUAACCGUCUUUGCUGUUUGUUCUUGCUUGCCUACUACCAUUUGCUUUCUGCUGAUCGAGUUCAUUAAAAUAAAUCCAGAUUUAGAAAAAUUAACUUUAUUUUUAAUUUACCUUACAUUAACCUUAAUUUUUAUAUAAUUUUUAGUUCUUAGGCGGACCUAGACGUUAAUACCCAUCAAAAAUAUCGAAUACCUUGAAUUGAAAAAAUAUCGUUUGUUUCUUUAAUUAAUUAUUUUGAAGGAAAAAUGGGACAGAAAAGUACUCUUUCGAUUCCCUAAUAUAUUCCUCUGGUAGGCAAAGAGGAGUAUCUUCACAUUUUCAGCCGAAUUCUGUCCUUUAAAAUAUUUCUAAUUGAUUUCUCCCAGCAGCGCAUUAUACAUAUUACAUCUACUUUACUGUGCACAGCAUAUAAUACAUUAUUUUGUUCUUGUAAUGGUUAUACACAUCUGCAGAAAUACAGAUCAAAGUUCAUAUAAAAAUUAGAAGAGUUGAUUUGCGCACAACAGCGGUUAUUUGAUUUAAGGAAACAUAAAUUGAUGUGAAACAGUAAGUUCUAUAGCAGAAAUACCUAUUUCUAUAAAAAUAAUGAAAUAACGCCUUUCUACUCAAAAGCAAAAAUAUACACUGAUGAGAAGUGCCAGAGCCAAUAUAUCGGGCCUCGCCUUGUAGCGUAGCAAUAAAGGUCACUCACGUUUCGAGUUUUAAACAGGAAUUUUGUAUUGGAAAUUUUUAGUGUUUUUACAGAAAGCGUAAGGUAUGGACGCAACAUUAAAUAAAAGGAAUUUUAAGAUGCUAUGCCACAUGGAAGAAUUAGACAACUAAAGUCAGAAGCGAGAUGCACUGCAGCAAACUGGUACUUUCAAAAAAGAAAUAAAAUAACCUCACUGAGAAACUUGACGGACGUCUUCUUCAUUGGACGACAGUUGAAAAUACAACCGACUAAAUCCUCGGCUACCUUCUUCACCAGUUGGACGAACGAAUACAGGCUUGAAUUAGAUGUGAAGGUUGAUGACGCAAAAAUUCCGACUGUAAACAACCCAACGAUAUUGGGAGUAACACUAUAUAGCCUACACUCUUUUACUCCGCUUACGACGGCAAUUGCCGCAAAACUCCGGAACCGCAACAAAAUACUCAAAGCGCUAGCCCGCAGCACCUGGGAUAAAGACAAAGAAACUUUGCAGGCAACUUACAAAGCAAUUAAAGAAGCUACAGAAUUUCCAGAACACCAACUUCAGGACCGCGACAGAAAACCUUAAACGACUCCCUUCCCGUGGAUGGCGUGCUCGGAGAAAAACCACCACCCAUUGCAGACAAGAGCUGCCUCGGGGUCAGCGAACCGCUACAACAACAAGGGACGUCUUCUUACAUAUGGUAUAAGUAAUUGUAUGUUUUGCUAGUAGUAUUACAGACUAAUACCGCAGGAAUAAAAUAUAAUUUCACUAGUUUUAUUUUCAACUUAUAUAAAAGCACUGUGUGAAUGUUUAUGUAUGUGUAUGUUAUAUAAAAGAACUAUGUGUAUGUCUU